GAAAUUCCCUAAAGUCCGUAUUGGUCCUUAUCGGCCCAACAUUACAAUCCAAGCCCAUAACCCAUUGUCCAAACCCUAGGAUUCAAAAAAAUUGGGAAUGAAGAAAUAAAAAAAACCCACUCAGCAAAACCCCGGUGCUCGUUCCUCCGCCACACUACGAUGUCCGCCGCAAGAUGUUUCCUUCGCUCCGCCGCUUCUCGCGUAGGAAGUACGGCGAAUCUAGCUGCCGGAGCUAAAACUAGACCUUCACGAUCAACAUUUCGGAUCCCAAAGCAAAAUUCAACUCCUAAUCGCAUAUCCAGAUUGCCGGUGGAGAUGAGUUGCGGCGUGCAAUCGUUGCUUCCUUAUCACACUGCAACAGCUUCCGCGUUGCUCACUUCAAUGCUUUCAGUAUCUCGUCACUCCUACGGUUGGACUCCUGAAGGCUCGUGAACAUUUGCACUUUGGCUUUAGGCUUGGGGACUACCCAUGUAAUGUUUCUGUCAUUUCGACGUGCUUUGCAUCGAUAGAUGUUGUUAUGUAUCUAAACGAUUUGCAAGUUAUUAAUUACAAUUGUAUAUUACUAUGAUUUAGAAAUUCUGUUAGCCAUUUGGUUCUGAUUACGUAUGGUAGUGUAUGGUUUAUGUUUCUUAAAUUGUUUUCUUUUUGAAUUCUAGAUGGAUGAUUGCUGUUAUUGGCUGCUGUUCAUUGCUCGUACUUUCCAUGGAUUUGAGUUUACUUUGUUAGGCCUUCUUAGAAGAUUUUCUCCUAGGUAGAAUGUGAAAACUUCAAGAAUUAAAUUGUACAAGCAUCCAGAGCUGUACCAUGCUUAGGUAUGAUUGUUAUUCUAUUCAAUCAGCACUUGCAACAUUUCUUUGCCUGCAAAGUAGAUUGAUUCAUUUGACUCUGAUAUUGGAAAAAGGUUAAAUGUCUGGGUUUUGGCAAUGAUAUGCAUGCAGGUUUUCGAUA